AAACACUUCGAUCCACUCUCUAGGCUGGAUGUAGAUGACUUAGUUAUUAUGUUUCAAAAGUGUUUGUGAAUUUCAUACAGGGAAGUUUGAUUUGCUGUAACGUAAUAUUUUCACACAGAAGUUUGGAGUACGAAUGUAAAUCUUAUUUUCUCCUGGAGACUUCAGUUUCGGAAGGCUUCACAUUAUAGUUGUAUGUUUAUUGUUGUAAAAUUGUGUGCGGUCAUUUUCAUUGCACUGACGUUGAAGAUUAAAAACAAAAUGGCCGAUGCUCUUGUCCAGAUGGCGCUGGUGCUCAUCUUGAAUGCUGUUCUGAUAAGUUGCCAGGAAACAAGCGCCCUUCCAGGCAGUAAUCCACAAACCGUUGUCCUGCAAUCGCCGUCUUCCUAUCUGCCGACCGAUGAAGUCUGGCAAUACGACACACGUCCGGUGCUGGCCACGACGCCCGGGGACUACGGCGUGGUGGAGCCCAACACGACCCAGGCUUUGAGCUCUCCGGCAUCACCCGCAGAGUCAGAGAACACGACAUCGGGCAUCGGGUCGGAGAGCGUCGACUCGUCCAAGAGCGGGCAGGCGGACGACCUCGCAGCCUACCUCGUCCAGAAAAUGGGCGAGAUCUUCUACGGAGAGGAUACCCCAAAAGAGGAGGUCAAGGACACCCAUUCGUUGUCCAACUGCAGCGAGCCCGUGGGUCUGAGCCAGUUCUCCAGCUCGGUGCCCGACUCGGUGCAAGCGUACUUUGACGAUGACGUCACGUUUCAUGGCAUGUGCAAGAAGUUGUUUGCACCGUCCGUGGUUGAACAGCUGCAGAGCGGCUGCCCCCGGGGUGGAUGGUGUCUGGGCGACGGGGUCCGUCAGGUAAGAAGUCCAACCCAAUGGGGUCUGUCCCUUUUUUUUAAAGAGGGUAAACUUGUCAGAAAGAAGUCAACUUGUUAUCGGGUGGCGGUAGAAAAUAUGAGAGGGUAUUUCGGUGUUAUGGCGUUUAAUUUGAUUAACAAUUUUGGCAUGGUGGUAUUUGGUCGGGGUAAUCGACAAUUUAAAAAAAGAAAUUCUUUACAAAUAAUAAUAUAUAAGUAAUAUUAGCAAAUAUAACUAGAAAAUCACUGGUAUAGAUCCCUCAAUGGUCAAAGGUCGCCGAAGUCACGAAAACGCCUUGCGUACAGAGGUAAUAGAGAACGGUGUAAUUAAGAUCGGAAAGAGUUGGAAAGAGCUUGAGAAGGUUACAUGGGGGGAAAGGCGUGGGGGUUGGUGGUGGGGGUGGGGGGUAUUAUUCAUGUGGGGGUGGGGGGUAUUAUUCAUGGCAUAUGCUCUUCUCUGGGCGUUGAAAAAAAAGGGCAAAGAAGAAGAAAGUUAGCUAAAUCAAUGACGUCACUGUCCCCAUCAAACACCCACUGUUAAUCUCUAAGAAUAUGGUUAUUUUAUUGUUGCAAACAAAAAAAAACUUCCAAUUGUAAAGUAAAUAGAUAUCUCAACUCUUUGAAAUGAGGGAUGGUGUGUACACAUCCGCACAGAGCUGUUUUGGGAAGGGUUUUAUGCCCUCUAGUUGAUUCGAAACCAUCAGCUUUUUCCAGAUUAUGCUGUUUUGAUAUUUCAGUUGUAUAAGCAGAUGCCUUGUUGUUGCUUUUUUACAUUGACUUAAGCAUUGGCGUGGCUGGGGUUAGUGCCGCCCCUUCAACGCAAAACACUCUGCAAGGUGGACGAAAAGGCCACCCCUCCAUUUAAAGAAAAAAGUGCCCCCGCACCGGAACGCUACCCUUCCCACUCCCUUCCUACACGUUACUGCACUUAAGUACAGUGGAACCCCGCUACAACGCGAUGAUCGGGAUCCAUAAAUUCGGAUCGCGUUAAAAGCGGGGUUUGCGUUAAUGCGCGGUUUUACAAUAUUUCCCGAGAACAUAUCCGUGUGUACAUGUACAAUGAUCAAAAGUCGGCUUAUCAUCAGAUGAAGAGAACAUAUCCGUGUCUACUAGUUUGAACGUGGUGCGUUUAGGGGCUCAUUUUCGACGAUAUUUUGAAAAGUUGUGAUUUUUUUUUUCGCUUUAAAAAUUGGCUUUCCAAGCAAUGGAUAAAAUUUUCAAAGAACUUAGACCUGAUGGAGUAAAUGAAUUUCAAAUUUCGGGAGCCAUGCUACGACCGCGUUAUAUCGGAAUUCGUGUUAUGGCGGGUCGCGUUAUAGCGGGGUUCCACUGUAUGGUGUACCCCUCUGUUGCCUUUACGACUAAAGCAGUGCAUCAUUGCCUGCCAGGACAAAGUGCCCGUGCGCUAUGAAAAAAAAAUUAUUAAAAUUUAUGAGCUUGUAAAAGUGCCAGUAAGGUUUUUUGUUUUGUUAAAAUAAAAUUAUAAUUUAAGAUAACGAUGCUAGAUGUUAGAUGUCGAAAACCGCCGUUUAAGACAUUCUAAAAAUUACUCCACGUUAAAACAUCGGAUAUUUUUAUAUCGAGUGAAAUUAAAAUGGAGAAUAUAUUAUACUGUCAUAUAUAAUUUUAUGUUAGUUACCGAGUUA